UUUCAGUUAUCAUUAUCGCAGAUUUUCACUUAUGAAACUGAAUAGUGAGUAAUGUGCAUAAUGUUACGGUUAGAUUUCAAUUAGGUAACUGAACAAUGGACAAACACAUCUAAAGAUGGUUGAUUAUAGAAAAGAAUGGAUUAAAAACAGAGUACUUACGUUUUUAGAUGAAAAGGAUGAGACAUUGUUUGAUCAAAUGUGUGCAAGGCAUGGAAACAAGAUUGGGAGAAGGUUAACCGACUAUUUGGAGGAGAGAAUAGUAUCAACUUAUAGCUUGGACAGGAAACUCUUUGUUGUUUAUAAAACUUAUUAUGAUAAGGUUGUCCAUGAGGAAGUAUUAGUUGCAGAGGAAGUAAAAAGAGCUCCACCUCCUCCAGUUGAAAUAGAACCUGAGCCUGAGGAUGAGCCAACUUCUCCUGCAACAAAAAAGAAAAAAGGAAAAAAGAGCAAAACUGGGGUAUUAGGAAAAGCAAAACCAAAAAGGAAAUUAUCAAAAGAUUCUCAGUCACCAGAAGAGGAAGAUGAUAAAAAAGAGAAUGUUGAUGAAAAACCAAACCAAACCAAUGGUGAAAGUAAACCUACUGAAGAAACAGCUGAAGAUGAACCAGCAGCUGAGGCCGAGGAAAGUACAAACAAGGAGGAUAAAACUGUUACCAUAGUUGAUGAUAAAAGUGAACUGGAUGAAAAGAAGUCAGGAAAAAAGGGUAAAAAACAGAAGAAAAAGGGACGGAAGAGUCCACCAACAGUUAUGGAAACAUUACCGACAACAGAAGAAGAAGUUCCCCCUCCGGAGCCGGAAAUUAUAUAUGUUAAGAAAAUACUAGAGAAAGUGGUGAAGACUCCUCAGUUUCAUGGAUAUUUCGGAACUUUGACAAAAUAUGAUGUCCAUAAACGUCACAGAUUUGUCUACUUCAUAAGGAAGACUUCAGAUGGAAUUCCAUGUCCAGAUAUGCUACAGGAGGCAUACUCUGAGAUGCCUGGACACUUCCAGCUAGGGUGCACUAUGCCAGAUAUGCUAGAUAGUGUAAUUCACUUCAUUCCCGGUGUGUGCGUUCCUCUAGUAACACAUCAGUUCAUGGAGCCACACAUGGAGGAGGGGGGUGACGAUAGUCUACAGGAGGCAGAACGCAAGGGUCCACCUGUGCAGACAGUGUUCAACACCCCUUCAGACUACAGACAGAUGGCAUUAGACAUCAAGCGAGAGUUAGAGCGGGAGGAGGGUUGUCAGGUGGACGAGAAGGAUGACGAUGAACCAGGGAUUGACUUGGACAUGCUACUGCGGCAAAGAGAGCACAUGACAAGAGACUCUUCGGUGAGUGGAGCUGAAGUGGUGGUGUACUCAGCCUUGCCCCCCGUACAGUCCUCAUCUAAUGUUACUCUUGGCACGACCAUAUCUGAGCAAGAAGUCAUAAAACAGGGUUUGCUGUCAGAUCUUCACAAGUUACUCGAUGCGUCCUACUGGACAAAUGAGCACAUCUCAGGCAGUACAAUGCUGACCAUACCUCACCUGCCAGAACUAGUUCCAGGGCAUUCUAUAAGUCAAUUGGCAGCAGACACAAGCCUCACUGAGAGUUAUGAGAAAUUGGUUACUGAGUGGGAGCACCAGAUAUACGAUGCCCUGAGAGUGUUUACUUCCAAGAAACCCGGAGAUGAGGGCCCAAUAGCAGAGUAUGAAUAUUGGCAUGAGAGAGAGAUAGGCCUGGGAGUGUUGGUGGAGCAGCUGAAACACAACUCAGUCACAGCAGUCAUCAAUGUCCUGAACUUCACUCAGUCACCAAAGGGUGUGGCCUUUAAUGAGAUCAAAGCAGAUGUUCUGCGGUCGUACAUUGAAGCCAGGGACAAUGACAAGUUCCUUUACACUGUUCUUCGAUACUUCAAGACUUUGACAGAAACAGAAAAUUUUCAAGAGAUGAGUGAAUGCCUGCCACCACUUUUUGAGGGUCUCCAGAUGAUUUGGAUACUGUCCCGCUAUUUCUCCAACGAUGGGGCGAUGGUACCGCUGCUGCAGCGCAUCAAGUUUGUGCUCUGCACCCAAGUCAGAGAGUCACUCGCUGUCAGCUCCCUCUUUAAACAAUCACUCUCCCGGGUGAUGAAGAAGACCCAAGGUGCAGUGAAGAUGCUUCAGCAGUGGAAGACAUCGUACCUAGAGACCAGGAUGAGAAUAGAAGCCUCAGCUAAAAGCCAUCGCUGGGAAUUUGAUAAACGGAAGCUCUUCGCUGAGACAGACUACAUGGCAUCUGUGGCCCAGAACCUAAACAAUGUUGCCAAUGUGAUACAAGAGUUUUACAACAUAUUUGGUCCUGAGCUGAAGUCCAUUAUCAGUGACCCAGGGCAGAUAGAUGCUGUAGUGAAGCGGGUCGAAGCCCUGACCCUGCCAAUAGAAGAGGCAGACUUUGACAUUUUCUCUCACGAAUUUGCAGAGCACUGGGAUGCCAUCAUGGCUGGCUUUAAUCAGGAAGUGGUUAGCUUAGAGAAUGAGGCCAAGUACUUCAUCAAUGACUCAUUCACCUUGUUGAGAUCAUCAGAAGAAGCUCUUGAAAUUUUAUUGAAAUUCAAACACAUCAAGACAAGGGAAGCAAUUCAAAAGCAGUUAAUGAAAAAGUUUGACCCAAUUUUGGACCAGUUUACCAAAGAAGUUGCUACUGUUGAAAGAAUCUUCACUAAAGGAAAAAGACACCCACCACUUUUGAGAGACUAUCCUCCUAUAGCUGGAGCCAUCACCUGGGAGAGACAGCUUUACUAUCGGCUCAAGAAACCUGUCUUGAUUUUUCAAAAUGUUAAAGAAUUUGACAAUUCCGAUCUUAAACAAAUUGCAUUUGAUGAAUAUUUGACACUUGCCAAACAGAUGAGAGCAUAUGAGAACCUAAAAUAUAAUCAAUGGAUUGAUAAAUCAGUACCAAUUGUUGCAAAUACAUUAAAGGAAAAUGUAAUAAAGUUGAUACCUCUCGAAAAACUCCUCGAUUAUGAAAAGGGAGAUUCCAAAACGUUUGUGCCCCCCAAAAAAGCUGGAAUGAAAACACUACUGAAAUCAAAAAUGGGCAAGAAAACAUUUUCAGAAGUAGCAUCUUCUUCGGUGAUCACGUCAAGUCAAAUGUCAACAAAUUCUUCAUCAAAGGAUGGUCUUGGGAUGGGAGCAUUAGCAAUGACUCUUAAGUGGGUUGCCAAAAACCGGCAGAAGUCUCUUCCACCACUGGAUGCCUCCACCUCCAAACACGACCCCAUUGCUGAAGUUUUCACCAAACCAUGGUCAGAGUUUGUUGGCAAUGCCAUGUUGGCUGAGAAGAAACUCAGUAUCAAGGUGAACUUUGAACUGGACAUGCUGGAGAUCAUUGCAGAGGCUGAGCUGCUGGAGACGCUUGGGUUCGCUUUGCCCAAUACCCUUCUGACUGUGACCACACAGAAGGAACGGAUACAUGCCAAACUGGAUGCUCUCAACAAGAUGGUUACUGAGUACACUUCACUUGUUGACAGCCUCGAUACACCCCAGUUACUGUUCUUGAAAGAACAUCUGCGAGAGGUGGAGAAGCACAUCCAGCCAGGACUUACACGCUACACCUGGCUGUCAUUGGGUAUCGAGGAUUACGCCAAGGAUGCUCUCAACAAGCUGCGCAAUGUAACUUCUCGUGUCAAUCAGAUGCAGGAUGUCACACUCAAUGUGGACAAGAAGAUACUGAGUCUUGGCACCUUUGAUUUGUUCUCUUUUCCUGAAGUCACUGAUCCUGUACUGAGGUUGCCUUGUAAGGAUUUCUUCUCUCAUGUCGAGCAGCAGCGAGCUGAAAGUAUGACCAAGCUGCUUAUGACAUACAACAUGAUUGGCCCAAUUCUCCGAAAACUAGAGGGUCUGGUACUGCAGACCAGUUCUGGAAAGUCUCCUCUUAUGACAUUCUUCUACAACAGCUGUGAGAAGAAAACAUUCAACACUCUCAUCAAAUUAAUGAUCUCUAACCUAGAGAAGUUUAAUAGGAGUCUCAACUCAAAAUCUGCACUCUUCUCGAUUGAGAGUGUUCUGGCCUCCCCUGAUGUAGUCACCCGUCCUACAGCCUACCAAGUAUACAAUAUGAUUGUCUAUUGCUCCAGGGACUUCUUGGAUAGGUUCAAAAAGAUCCCACGAUGGAUGGAUGGGACAUGUGUUAGAUGUCCCUCUGUCAGAACACCAGCUGGCGAGCACUUGUAUUCAUUUUUUGAUGAUCUGGUGCGUGUUCAGAAAGUCAACGAGCUGGUGACACAAACUCUUGAUACUGCCCAUGCUAUUGGGUCAGAAAUUAAAAAGUACCUUAUCAGAUGGAGGAAGUACAGACACAUCUGGGUGUCAGACAAAGCCUCCAAGGUGGACAAGUUUGCAUUGAAAAAUCCAACUCUACUUCAAUAUGAUGACAACUUCACUUUGUACUCCAAUGUUGUAGAUGAGAUGGACCUGAUGAAACCCUAUAUAGACAUUCACUGUGUUAGGCUGAACCUGAAACCGUUAUUGGAAGAGGUUAGGAAGCAUGCCAAGGAGUGGAAGACUGAACUGGGGUCUCGGCUAGCCAGUAGCACCCGCACUAUCAUGGUCACCUUCCAGAGCAAGAUGACAGAACUGAGAGAGGAAUUAGAGCGUGGGGUAAAUGAGUUAGACUCGUUCAAACGAGUUCUACAGGCAAUUACUGACAUCGGCAACACACUGGUGGACGCAGAGUUGACUUUCCGUGACGUGGAGGAGAGGCAUCACACACUGUGGUUGCAGAGUAUUGAGAUUCCACCGGAGGACUUGGAGCUGUUGGCCCUGCUAAAAGCAGAAUGGACUGCACUUUAUGAUGCAUCUUUGUACCGAAAGCUGACCAUGGAACCAGCCAAGGUUGUGUUUGCUAAGACCACACAAGAGCUGAUUACUGAAUUUGUCAAUGUAUGCGCCCUGUUUGCCAAACGUUUCAAUGAGGAGGGUCCGGGUGCUGAGCAGAAUUCCUUGGAACAAGGGUUUAAUCUCAUGGAGGAAUAUCACACAGAAUUCAUUGAAAUGAAUGCCAAGAAGAAAGAAAUGCUCCAGGCUGAGAAGCUGUUUGACAUUCCCAUGUCAGACUACUCUAGCUAUGACUUAGCUUAUAAGGAUUUCCAGGGCAUGCAACAGAUAUUUACCAUCUACCAGAACCAACAGGCAGCUCGAGACAUAUGGGCCAAAACAUUAUGGGCUAACUUGAACCCUCAAAUAUUACUGGAUGGAAUGGAAGCUUUCAUAAAGGAGUUUAGAAGACUUCCAAAACCCGUAAGGUUGUUGAACCCUGGAAUUCUCCUGGAUAUGCGAAUGAAGGAGUUUAAAAAUUCCAUUCCCCUUUUCAUAGAACUCAAGAACGAGGCCCUUCGGGAGCGACAUUGGAAUGAAUUGAUGGAAAAAACAGGACAGCAUUUUGAUAUGACCGCUGAUCGAUUCACUCUAGAAGCCAUGUUUGCCAUGGAACUCCAUCGGUACCAAGAUAUAUGUGAAGAAAUCAUUGCUAAUGCUGUAAAAGAACUCAGCAUCGAGAAAGGUGUCAGAGAGAUUUCCAACGUCUGGACAACUAUGACUCUGUCUGUGAUGCGUCACACAAAGGGUAGUGAGGACCGAGGCUACAUCUUGGGUGACAUCAGUGAGAUCAUGCUUGCAUUAGAUGACAACAGUAUGAACCUACAGAGCAUGGCAGCAUCCCAAUUUGUUGGUCCAUUCCUUCCGACAGUACAGAAAUGGGAGAAGAAUUUGUCUGUAGUCAGUGAGGUGCUUGAGGAGUGGCUGUCAGUGCAGCGCAAGUGGCUCUACCUGGAAGGAAUAUUUGUGGGUGGAGACAUCCGCACUCAGCUGCCCGAUGAGGCUCGCAAGUUUGAUGAUAUCGACAGGAUAUUCAGGAAGAUAAUGCUGGAGACAGCCAAGAAACCACUGGUACUGGAGCAAUGCCUGGUUCCCGGCAGGGUUAUUGACCUCCAGGGUCUGGUGGCUGGGUUAGACAACUGCCAGAAGUCUCUCAACGACUACCUGGACACCAAGCGAAAUGCUUUUCCUCGCUUCUUCUUCAUAUCAGAUGAUGAACUUUUGUCCAUCUUGGGUAGCAGUGAUCCUAAAUGUGUACAGGAACAUAUAAUCAAGAUGUUUGAUAAUGUGGACAAACUUCGGAUGCUCCCUGAUCAUUUAAAUCGAAUGAGCAUCACCGCAAUGGUGUCCACUGAAGGGGAACUGUUGGAGUUCAAGAACAUCCAAUACGCUGAAGGAAAGGUGGAGACAUGGAUGAGCACCGUUCUUGCUGAGAUGAGAGUCACCAACCGCUUUCUCACCAAGAAGGCAAUAUUUGACUAUGGGAAGGUCAGGAGACCAAGGACAGAUUGGAUAUUGGACUUUCAAGGCAUGAUAUGUCUGGGAGCCGACAAUGUGUGGUGGACAGCUGAGGUUGAAAACGUUUUUGUCAAAAUCAAACAGGGACAAAAGAGAGCUAUGAAGGACUAUUUACUGCAGAUGAACAGACAAUUGGAUGAACUGGUUGUAAAAGUUCGGAGUGAUCUCACAAAAAAUGACCGUAAAAAGUUUAAUGCUCUCCUUAUCAUUGAUGUGCACGCCAGGGAUAUUAUUGAGGGAUUCGUCAGAGACAGUAUAAUGGAAGCAGAAGAAUUUGAGUGGGAAAGUCAGCUGCGAUUUUAUUGGACGAAGAGUGUUGAUAAUCUAACCAUACAACAAUGUUCUGGACAGUUUGACUACGGAUACGAGUAUCUGGGAUUGAGUACACGUCUCGUCAUCACCCCCCUGACUGACAGGAUCUAUUUGACUAUCACCCAGGCCCUGUCCAUGCAGUUGGGAGGUGCUCCAGCAGGUCCUGCUGGGACAGGCAAGACUGAGACUACCAAAGAUCUGGCCAAGGCUAUGGGGCUGCUGUGUAUGGUGACAAACUGUGGGGAGGGCAUGGACUACCUGGCAUUCGGCAAGAUACUCAAUGGUCUGUGUCAGUGUGGGGCUUGGGGUUGCUUUGAUGAGUUCAACCGUAUUGAUAUUUCUGUACUCUCUGUCAUAUCCACCCAGCUGCAGACUAUCCGCUCAGCCCUGUUGCUCAAGGUCAAGAAGUUUGUGUUUGAAGGUCAGCAGAUAGCUCUGGACAACAAAGUGGGUAUCUUCAUCACCAUGAACCCUGGCUAUGCAGGGCGCACAGAACUGCCUGAGUCGGUCAAAGCUCUGUUCCGCCCAGUUGUUUGUAUUGUACCUGAUCUUGAGCUAAUCUGUCUCAUCAUGCUCUUCUCUGAAGGUUUCUUACAAGCAAAGGUGCUGGCUAAGAAGAUGACAGUACUGUACAAGCUAGCAAGUGAGCAACUCUCCAAGCAAAAUCAUUAUGACUUUGGGCUGCGAGCUCUCAAGUCUGUUCUGGUGAUGGCUGGGGAGCUGAAGCGUGGCUCUCCAGACCUGCCUGAGAAUGUGGUGCUCAUGAGAGCUCUCAGAGACAUGAACCUACCCAAGUUUGUGUUCGAUGACGUGCCAUUGUUCCUGGGGCUUAUCAAGGACCUGUUCCCCGGGUUGGAAUGUCCUAGGGUGUGCUAUCCAGACUUCAACUCAGCUGUGGAGAAAGCUCUGGUUGACGCUGGCUACAUUCUUCUGCCUAUUCAGGUGGACAAGAUAGUCCAAAUGUACGAGACGAUGAUGACCCGCCAUUCCACCAUGAUUGUGGGUCCCACAGGUGGCGGGAAGUCUGUGGUAAUACGCACUCUUGCCCAGGCCCAGACUGCUCUUGGCCUACCCACUAGAAUUGUCACACUCAACCCUAAAGCUUGUUCAGUGAUAGAGCUGUAUGGUGUACUGGAUCCAGACACACGGGACUGGACGGACGGUCUGCUCUCUAACAUUUUCCGGGAGUUGAAUAAGCCAACAGACAAGGCCGAGCGCAGAUACAUCUUGUUUGAUGGUGAUGUUGAUGCCCUCUGGAUAGAGAACAUGAACUCUGUCAUGGACGACAACAAGCUAUUAACUUUGGCCAAUGGUGAGCGGAUACGGCUGCUUGCCCAUUGUGCUCUCCUGUUUGAGGUGGGAGAUCUGAGGUAUGCUUCACCUGCCACAGUAUCUCGAGCAGGGAUGGUGUAUGUGGACCCUAAGAACCUUGGCUAUGAUCCCUACUGGCAGCGUUGGCUGACCCAGCUCACUCGGCCCGAGGAGGAUAAGGAGAGCUUGGCUAAGUACUGGGAGACGUACAUACCACCAGCCCUGGACCUCAUACUGGAGGGAUUGAUGGGUAUGCAGCAGGGAGCGCCAUUGCGCACCAUCAUCCCUCAGACUGGACUCAACAUGGUGACACAGCUAUGCUUCAUGCUGGAUGCCCUGCUAGGGGAGGAGCUUGAGCCAAUCAACACAGAUGAGUUGGAGUGUGUAUUCAUCCUGUCUUUGUACGGGUCUCUGGGUGCUGCCAUAGUGGCAGAUGAUCGCAAGGAGUUUGACAACCUCAUCAAAAAGACAGCAGGCUUCAUGACAGUGGAGGACAGUGAUACUAAGAUGGCUGGUUAUCGCUAUUUACCUAUAAGAGAACCAACAUUGUAUGAAUAUUUCCUGGACCGCAAACAGAAGGUGUGGAUACCCUGGAAACUUCUGGUUCAACCUUAUGUACAUGACCCAGAGAAGAAAUUUAGUGACAUAUUAGUCCCGACUGAGGAUUCCACUAAAAUUACCUGGCUUCUCACACUCAUGAAUGAGGUAAAGCGCCCAGUAGUAUUGGUGGGAGAAACUGGCACAUCUAAAACUGCCACCAUGAUGGAGUUUCUGAGACACCUUAACCCAGAACAAUAUAUGCAAGUAAAUGUCAAUUUCUCGUCGCGCACUUCAUCACUUGAUGUCCAACGAAAUCUUGAAGCCUCCGUAGAGAAAAGGACUAAGGAUGUUUAUGGACCCCCCAUUGGAAAGAAACUUAUCUGUUUCAUUGAUGACUUAAAUAUGCCCCAGGUUGAUAACUAUGGCACACAACAACCUAUUGCUUUAUUAAAAUUACUCUUUGAAAAGGGUGGUCUUUACGACAGAGGAAAGGACCUGAAUUGGAAACAACUUAGAGAUAUUUGUUUCUUUGCUGCCAUGGGUAAAGCAGGAGGUGGUCGCAAUGAAGUAGACCCUCGUUUCAUGUCCAUGUUCUCCGUUUACAACAUGACGUUCCCCUCAGACAGUACAGUGAGACACAUCUACCAAAGUAUUCUAGUGGGACACACUGACCAGUUCCCAGCAGAGGUGCAGGCUAUCAUCCCAGAUAUUGUCAAGGCCACUCUGGAUUUGUAUAAGAUAAUAAUAGUGGAGCUGCCACCAACCCCAUCCAAGUUUCACUAUAUCUUCAAUCUGCGAGACCUGUCCCGUAUAGUGGCUGGACUGUGUCUGACUGCUCCUCAUGUAUUCAUAGGGCCUCAGCACAUGGUGCGUGGCUGGCGCAACGAGUUCACCAGAGUCAUCUGUGACCGUCUCAUCAACAAGGAGGACCAACAACUGAUGGACAAACAUGUUGAAGAGUCUGUUGAAAAGUAUUUUGAAGAUCACAUUGAAUAUGUGAUGCGCAGCCCUUUAUUGUUCGGGGAUUUCCGAAAUGCCAUGUCAGAAGGGGAAGCUCGUGACUAUGAAGACCUUCUUGAUUACGAUGCUGUAUAUCAUUUGUUCCAAGAGGUAGUAGAAGAAUACAAUGAGAGGUUCACCAAGAUAAACCUGGUGCUUUUUAAUGAUGCUCUAGAACAUCUGACCCGCCUGCACAGAGUGAUGAGAAUGCACAGGGGCCAUGCCAUGGUGGUGGGUGUCGGCGGCUGUGGCAAGAACAGCCUCACUCGGCUCGCUGCAUUCACUGCAGGUUGUUUGGUGUUCAGCAUUGCUCUCAGCAGAGGUUAUAAUGAGGCAUCCUUCAAAGAGGACAUGAGGAAACUGUUUGUACAGUUAGGAGUGCAGAAAAAACCUACAGUGUUCUUGUUUACUGCUGCUCAGGUUGCUGAAGAGGGUUUUCUGGAGAUGAUAAACAACAUUUUGAUGAUUGGUAUGAUACCUGCUCUAUUUAAUGAUGAAGAUAAAGAUAAUAUAAUUGGACAAGUGAGGAACUCUGCAAAAGCAGAGGGCUAUGGAAUUACCAAGGAGGGCUGUUGGAAUUACUUCACUAACAAGUGUGUGGACAACCUGCACGUGGUCCUGUCCAUGUCUCCAACUGGUGACAUUCUGCGCACACGUUGCCGUAGCUUUCCUGGCCUUGUCAACAAUACCUGCAUCGAUUGGAUGUUCCCCUGGCCCCCUCAGGCACUCUAUGCUGUUGCCUCCCGCUUCCUUAAAGAUGUGCCAAAGAUCCCCGAGCAAUUCUUGUCACAGAUUGUGGAACAUGUUGUGGAAGUUCAUACCAGUGUUGGGAACUACACCAAGGACUUUUUAAUAAAAUUGAGACGGAAAAAUUACCUUACACCCAAACACUACCUUGAUUUUAUUACAAUAUAUCUGAACCUUCUAGAGGAGAAAAACAACUUCAUACUUGCACAAUGUAACCGGCUGGAGGGAGGUAUGACGAAGAUAGCUGAGGCCUCGGUCCAACUGGAUGAGCUCAAUGCCAAGCUGGCGAUACAGAAAGUGGUGGUGGCACAGAAGACUGAGGCCUGUGAGAAACUACUGGCUGAGAUAACUGUGGCCACCGAUGAGGCCACCUCCAAGAAAGAGAUAGCUACUACUAAGAGCAAGGAGAUAGAGAUCCAGAGCAAGGAGAUAGCUGUGGAGAAGGGAGAGGCAGAUGCAGAGCUUCAGGAGGCAUUGCCAGCCCUUGAAGCUGCCAAGGAGGCGCUGUCUCAUCUAGAGAAAGCAGACAUCACUGAGAUCAGGUCCUUUGCAACUCCUCCAGAGCCAGUCAUGGUGGUCUGCGAAUGUGUGGCAAUCAUCAGAGGGCUCAAGGACACCAGUUGGAAGGCUGCCAAGGGGAUGAUGACAGAUCCCAACUUCCUCACAAGACUCAAGGAGAUGAAGUGUGAGAAUGUUACUCAGAAACAACAGCAGGCAGUCAAAACUCUCAUGAAGAACUGCAAGAAGCUGGAAGACAUGGAGAGUAUCAGUAAAGCAGGCUAUGGACUGCUACAGUUUGUCAAAGCAGUGCUGGGAUUUUGUGCAGUUUACAAGGAGGUCAAGCCCAAAAUCGAACGAGUUGCUCAGCUUGAAAAGGAAUACAACACUGCAAAAAAAUACCUUGAUAACCUUAACAGACAAAUUGAAAAAGUAGAGAAGACACUAAGUGAGUUAAAUGAGAGAUACGUUGUUGCAAUGAAAGAAAGACAAGAGAUUCAAGAGGAGACAGACAUCAUGCAGAGGAGACUCAUUGCAGCCGACAAGCUGAUAUCUGGACUCAGUUCUGAGAGUCAGAGGUGGUCUUUGGAGCUGGAAAGACUCCAUGAAGCCAAAACAUGUCUGAUAGGCAACUGUCUGCUGUGUGCUGGGUUUCUGGCAUAUACCGGCCCCUUCAGCUGGGAGUUCCGCACAGAGAUGGUCUACAAGAAUUGGUUCAACAGUCUAAUCACUAAGGAAAUCCCUCUCGUCUCACCAUUCCGGCUAGAAGCGGAACUCACCAAUGAUGUUCAAAUCAGCAAAUGGACGUCAGAAGGUCUCCCACCUGAUGAGCUCUCAGUCCAGAAUGGUAUAUUGACUACCAGAGCCAGUCGUUUCCCUAUGUGCAUCGAUCCGCAACAACAGGCACUCAAUUGGAUAAGGAAAAAAGAAGAACCAUUCAAUUUGAAAAUAGUAACAUUUAAUGAUGCAGAUUUUCUGAAACAUCUGGAAAUGGCAAUCAAAUAUGGAUCCCCUAUUCUAUUCCAAGAUGUGGAUUUUAUCGACCCAGUUGUUGACAAUGUGUUGGAAAAGACAAUUAAAGUGCAGAGUGGAAGAACAUUCAUGGUACUGGGAGACAAAGAAGUAGACUAUGAUCCAAAUUUCCGCAUGUACCUUACUACCAAGCUCUCAAAUCCAACAUUUGAUCCUUCAGUCUAUGCCAAGGCUGUGGUUAUCAACUAUGCUGUUACACUGUCAGGUUUGGAGGAUCAGCUGUUGAGUGUGGUGGUGCGCAAUGAGCGGCCAGACCUAGAGGAGAAGCGAGAGUCACUUAUACAAGAGACCAGCAGUAACAAGAACCUACUACAACAUUUGGAAGACUCUCUGCUGAGAGAGCUGGCCGCGUCCACUGGCAACAUGCUGGACAACACCGAACUAAUACAGACCCUGGAAGACACCAAAACCAAGGCCACUGAGGUAUCAGUGAAGUUGGACCUAGCAGCUAAGACAGCUGUGGAGAUAGAGGUACUGCGCAACGUGUAUCGCCCAGCAGCCAAACGAGGCGCUCUACUGUUCUUCCUGCUGUCAGACAUGGCUGCUGUUAACCCCAUGUACCAGUACUCCCUAGGCUCCUAUCUCACAGUGUUUGGCUAUUCCCUGCGUAAGGCUUUACCUGAUGUAAUCAUCAAAACUCGGCUUCGAAAUGUCAUCAAUACACUCACCAAGAACGUAUAUGAGUACGGUUGUACAGGUAUAUUCGAGAAACACAAACUGCUGUACUCCUUCCAGAUGACAAUGAAGCUGGAGCAGAGUGAGGGUCGUGUCACUCAACAGCAGUUGGAGUUUUUCAUCAAGGGCAACGUCACCCUGGAGAAGUCCGAGCGACCUUGUCCUGCCCGCUGGAUAUCCUCUCAGGGAUGGGAAGAUAUAUUGAAGCUUAGUGAAGAGUUUCAAGCAGAAUUUGGUACUUUGGCAAGCCACGUGGAACACAACACUGAAAGGUGGAAAGCUUGGUAUGACCUUGAUGCUCCUGAGAGCACCCUGCCCCCUGGUGGUAUGGCUGAGGAUGUCAGCCCCUUCCACAAACUAAUGUUGAUGAGGUGUUUCCGAGUGGACAGAGUAUACCAGGCUGUAACCAACUACAUAUCUAACACCAUGGGGGAGUUCUUCAUCACACCUCCUUUCAUCAGUUUGGACUCAAUUUUUGACCAGAGCAGCCCGACAACACCAGUGGUAUUCAUUUUAAGUCCUGGCUCAGAUCCUACCAGUGAUCUGAUGAAGUUAGCUGAUCGGCAAGGAGCUGGUGGUACACAGUUCAAAUAUCUCUCACUCGGACAGGGCCAGGAGAAGACAGCUCUUGGUUUGCUGGAGACUGCCAUAUCACGUGGCCACUGGCUGAUGUACCAAAACUGUCACCUCCUUAUAGCCUUCCUACGUGAUCUCGAGAAGGAGUUGGAGAAGAUUGCCAAGCCGCAUCCUGACUUCCGGCUUUGGCUCACCACUGAUCCCACACCCACCUUUCCCAUCGGUAUCCUACAGCGGUCUCUCAAAGUUGUCACUGAACCUCCCAAUGGACUGAAACUCAACCUUCGUAAUACUUAUUUCAAGAUGCGUCCUCAGGCUCUAGAAACUUGCGAUCAUCCUGCCUUCAAGACUCUCAUCUAUGUUUUAGCCUUCUUCCAUGCAGUAGUUCAGGAAAGGAGAAAGUAUGACAAGAUAGGAUGGAACAUAUCUUAUGACUUUGGGGAGUGUGACUUUGUAGUGUGUGUCCAAAUAUUGGACACUUACCUAAACAAACUGAAAGACACCGUUGAUGCUCGUAUUCCAUGGGGUAGUCUCAAAUACCUGAUUGGAGAGGUAAUGUACGGUGGUCGAGUAAUUGACAACUUUGAUCGUCGCAUUGUGAAGACAUUUAUGAAUGAAUACAUGGGAGACUUCAUAUUUGAUACAUUCCAACCCUUCCAUUUCUACAGAGAUGAGUCAGUGGAUUACAUAAUACCUCCAGAUGGAACUAGAGAAGAGUAUAUAGCCGCAAUAGAAGAACUGCCACUGGUCAACGUCCCUGGGGUGUUUGGUCUUCACCCUAAUGCGGAGAUAGGUUAUUACACUCAGGCAGCGAGAGAGAUGUGGUUGCAUCUUAUUGAGCUUCAGCCUCACACCGGUACUGCUGAGGGUGGGGUCAGUCGAGAGGAAGUGAUAGACUCCGUGGCCGGUGACAUCCUGGUAAAGCUACCAGCUGUGUAUGAUCUAGCUCGAGUCCGUAAGUCCUUUGAGAUGUAUAUCACUCCCACCAUUGUGGUGCUACUGCAGGAGCUCGAGCGCUUCAAUGUACUCAUCAAUCGGAUGCAGUCCACUCUCACUCAACUGCGGAAGGCAUUGGCUGGAGAGAUAGGAAUGGAUGCAGUAUUGGACAACGUGUCUGUGAGCCUCUUCAACGGUCUCUUGCCCAACGAGUGGCGACGGCUAGCACCUGCUACCUGCAAGAACUUGGGCGGCUGGAUGGAGCAUUUCCAGCGUAGAGUACAGCAGUACAAUAUCUGGUGUCAGCGGCGAGACCCCCUGGUGAUGUGGUUGUCAGGGUUACACAUCCCUGAGUCAUACCUGACUGCCCUGGUGCAAACUGCGUGCCGCAAGCAGGGAUGGCCUCUGGACCGUUCCACCCUCUACACCUCUGUCACCACCUUCCUGAAUGAAGAUCAGGUCGAGGCCAGGCCUGAAAUGGGUUGCUAUGUCUGUGGCUUAUACCUAGAAGGAGCCAGAUGGGACCCAACCAGAGGAUGUCUUGCUCGAUCUCUUCCUAAAGUGCUCAUUGAAGAACUUCCAGUGCUCUACAUUAUACCGAUUGAGUCUCACAGAGUGCAGUUACAGAACACUCUGCGGACUCCUGUGUACACAACAUCACAGCGCAGGAAUGCCAUGGGUGUGGGUCUGGUGUUCGAGGCUGACCUCAGCACAGCAGAACAUUCUAGCCAUUGGAUAUUACAAGGAGUCUGUCUGGUGCUCAAUACUGACUGAAAUCUUUAUUUCUUCUGUUCAUUAUUUGUUAACAUGUUUCAUGUAUAAUUUCAAUAAAUGUAUUUAUUUAUGGAAA